AUGCCUUACCUAGAUGUUGAUUCUGUUUCAUCUUCAAACAAUUGUCUUAUUACGGAGGAGCUAGAUUAUGACAUACCAAAUUUAAAGAACGAGUCUGAUCAGUUGUUUGUUGCAUUAACAAACCAGCAACGGGACAUUUUUCUUGAUAUCAUGGAUGCAGUUAAAUAUAAUCAGGGAGGUGUAUUCUUUGUUUAUGGUUAUGGUGGAACUGGUAAGACAUUUCUUUGGAAGACAAUUUCUGCAGCAAUUAGAGCUCAAGGUGAGAUUUUUUUAAAUGUUUCUUCAAGUGGGAUAGCUUCAGUAUUAUUGACUGGAGGCAGGACAACACACUCUCGGUUUAUAAUUCCCAUAAAGCUUACCGAGGAUUCUUUUUGUAGAAUAAAUCCAAAGAAUGAAGCACACAUGGUACACAAGCAUGCAUUCGAAGCUUUAGAUCGAACUCUGAAUGAUAUAUUAAAGUGUGUCAAUCCUACAAAUUCAAAUAUUCCAUUCGGAGGGAAAGUGAUUGUCUUUGGAGGUGAUUUCAGACAAAUUCUACCUGUUGUUCCAAGUAGUAGUAGACAAAACAUUGUUAAUGCUUCUUUAAGUUCUUCAUAUUUAUGGAAACAAUGCAAAGUUCAUAAAUUAACAAAAAACAUGAGGUUAACAGUUGGAAGCGAUCCAUCUACUAUUAAACAAAUAAGGUAUUUUUCAACUUGGCUUUUAGACAUAGGAGAAGGUAAUCUUGGUGGUCCGAAUGACGGUGAAGCAAUUGUUGAUAUUCCAGAAGAUAUUGUCAUUACUAAUCCACAUGAUCCUAUAGGUUCAUUAAUUAGUUUUGUAUAUCCUUCUAUACUGGAAAACUUCAACAUUGCUGGUUAUUUUCAAGAAAGAGCAAUACUUGCUCCCUAG